CAGUACACGCACCCACCCACGCAGCCGCCAUGGGCAAGGACAAACAGCCCCGCGGCCAGCGGAGGCAGGGGGGGCCGCCGGCCACGGACGCCACCGGGCCCGACGACAUGGGGCCGAAGAAGGGCAAGGGGGCCCCCAAGGAGUGCGGGGAGGAGGAAGCCCGGACUUGCUGCGGUUGCCGGUUCCCGCUGCUGCUCGCCCUGCUGCAGCUGGCCUUGGGCAUCGCUGUGACCGUGGUGGGCUUUCUCAUGGCGAGCAUCAGCUCCUCCCUGCUAGUCAGAGACACUCCAUUUUGGGCUGGGAUCAUUGUCUGCUUAGUGGCCUAUCUCGGUUUGUUUAUGCUUUGUGUCUCAUAUCAAGUUGACGAAAAGACAUGUAUCCAGUUUGCUAUGAAACUGUUGUACUUUUUGCUGAGCGCCCUCGGCUUGAUGGUCUGUGUCCUGGCCGCAGCGUUCGCUGCCCAUCACUAUUCACAGCUCGCCCAGGUCACCUGUGGAACCGCACCCAACUCCUGCCACUGCAAGCUGCCCUCCUCGGAGCCCCUCAGCAGGACCUUUGUGUACCGGGAUGUGACUGACUGUACCAGCAUCACUGGCACUUUCAAACUCUUCUUACUCACCCAGAUGAUUCUUAAUUUGGUCUGUGGCCUUGUGUGCUUGUUGGCCUGCUUUGUGAUGUGGAAACACAGGUACCAGGUCUUUUAUGUGGGUGACAGGAUGUACUCCCUAACAGCGUCUGAAGGCCAGCAGCAGAAGGUCUAACAUUCUCCCUCAAAGGUGGGAGAGAAAACAGCACACUGACUAGCUGAGGUUAAAAAAAUAAAAAAUAAAAAAAAGGAAGGGAGGACAAGAAAAGAGAAAAGGAAGAAAGAAAAAACUAACAAUAACUAAUAGUCAAUGUACUAAAUGAAUAUUUUUAUAUUUUUCAGGACAUGAAAGAACAUUUCUUCACAUUUCUAUUGUAUUUUGUACAAAUUCUUAUGAGAAAAGUAAGAUCCAGAUGGACUUCGGGCUAUGGAAAGGACCCGAAAUAGGGAAUGAAUAGCAUAGAUUUAUCUUUACAGUCUGAAGUUUAUUCCUAAUAUUCAUUUUAUCCGUUACUUUUAUAAUCUUUCCUGUUAGUCUAGUUUGCUGGUGUGAAUGAGCAUUUCAGGCCCACUUGCUAAAUUUUGUAGAGGCUUUUCCAGGCCCUCCUCCCUCCCACCAGGACAGCCUCACCAAGUCUUGGAAAAGUCAGGGAGUAGCAACAGCGCUCAACAACCAGGCUGACUCUCUCUUUUCCCUGGUGGAGAUGUCUUCAAGCCAUGAAACAAGUUAAAAGAGCAGAAUAGAAAAGGAAGAGACUUUGUGAAAGAGUAAAUAAUUAUGAGCACCUGGGCUGGGGCAGCGGCCUCUCCUCCUCAGCUCCCUUGGCUGGAAGCUCUGGAAGCGGAUCCCUUACUAAACGCUUCGGGUGAUUGUCUGCGUCUCAAUAAUUGAAAGUUGGUAAUAGCGGUAUUCUUAAUGAUGUAGACGGUUUAAAAUAAUUACAUUAUGCUUCUGUUCUAUCAUCUAAAACAAAUCAUUAAAACCAAUUUCUAGCUAAUUGUUAAUUAUAAUUAUGCUCAGAAGUCUACUUAAUGAGCCCUGGUUGUACUUAUGUAGCACAGUCAGUAUUAGGAGACAUGACUCUCACAAGAGAAGAGGCUUAAAUAUUGUUUCUUCUGAAAGCCAAGCUUUACAAGGGAGAAAAAACAUUUUUUUAUUAAUAGCUCAGGUUAAAAAUACUCAUUUAAAUGAAAAACAAAGAGCAUUUGUAACAGGAAUGUUUAUACAAAUAGCACAUUUGUGAUAUGUUGUAAAGUAUUCUCUUGGCAGCUAAAUACUUUGGAGAAAGAUUAGGUGAUGCCAAUGUGUUUCAUUCAUGAAACUGUUUUCGAUAUGCAAUCCUACUAUUGAUUUGUAUGCAAAGUCAACCUAGAGACUAAAACGAAUGUUUUGAGGUUCUUGUUUGAGCACAUGCACAUUGACUUGGGUAGUUUUUGUUUUGUUUUGUUUUUAAGUAACUGACAUAAAAAAGCACAAGUUCCCUCUGGUGGGGCUCUUCUCUCUUACUGCUAUUAUUGAAUUUGGAACAAUAUCAAUGUUUUAAAGAAGGAGCUCAGAAUGCAAAUUCGUGCAGCAUAAAUGUUGUCAAAGCUUUCUCUUAGUACGCUCUGCUGAAAGCAGAAAUUCAAGAUAAUUGAGUUUAAUUUACCUUUCCACAUUGCUUAUAUAUUUUACUAAUCAUGAAAUUCUAUCCUAAAAAACAUUUUCUUGUUUGCCUUAGAAGAUAGAUGAAAUAUUCCACUGAUUGUGAUAAUAGUGUUGAUUCCUACACAAUGUAAAUACCCAAAUAAAAAGAAAAAUGUUAAAUGAGUUAGUUGGAGGAUUGUAAGCAUCUUUUAUAUCCUCCAGAUAGAACACCUGAUUAACAGAUGUUAAAACCUUUUUAUGUAUGACUUGCCUUUUAAAAAUGGCCUUCUGACCAGUAGCUCAAGCCAGGAAGGCACAUUGGAGAGCUUCGAGGAAAAAACCCUGGAGCAGAUGUUUGAUCACACACAAAAAUUACACCGACAGAAUGCCACGCAUCCUGAUGAUGGCCUGAAAAAUACUUGGUGCUCUGUUAAAAAAAAUUCUCAAUAAUUGAUUCCAUUUUUAUUUUGACAGUUUUCUAUGUAAAGAAGAAAAGGACCGAGAAUCUGAAAUGUUGUAGGCUGUUCUUUAAAGAGUGAAAAACUAGUAUUUAAAUGCUAAUUACUAUGAAUCCAGCACCACCAGAAGCACACCCUGAAUACCUUUAACAACAUUUUAUAGCAAAAAUUACAGAUUUUUUUAUUUAAAAAUUAGAACUCUACACAACACUAAGGUGCUGUAUGCUUUACAAGUGAUUCACAGGGUAUUUCAAAUAGUAGACUACUUUAGCUAAUGGGCUUCCCCUUUCUAAAUAAUGCAACCAGUAAGAACUGAUAUGGCAGCAAGCUUGAUAAUAAUCAGGAGGGAAAAAAUAUAUAUAUAUGUAUAUAUAAAAUGGAGAUUUUACUAUUGUGUAAUCCAAUCAUUGUUAAAUCCCCAAAGAAAGGAAAAAAUGUAAAAAGAGCCAAAAAAAAAAAAAAAAAGAGAGAGAGAGAAAGAAAAAGAAAAAGAAAGAAAGAAGCUAAGAGAAGAUUCCUGUUCUGUGAACUCACUGUGUAUUGAUAUGUGUAAAAACUGUGUCGCAUGAAUAACAAACUGCUUUGGGCUUGAUUUGAAGUAUUUUGAGUUUAUGUUUUGCAAAUAUUGAAGAUACCAUAACUGCAACAGAAAAGGAACAGAUACACAGCUUUACACUUAGCAAAAUGCUACAUUUAAAAUCUGACAAGAAGCCAAGAUGGUGACUGUCUCCUCUAAACCAUAAGACAGUAAGAUUCGUGCAAUCCUCCUCUUCUCCCACCUCCUUCAGGAGAAUUAAAUGAAUCAAGAGUUUGGAAAGAGGGGGAACAGCCUGGACUUGGCAGUACUUGAAAUAGGAGGAAUACAGCAGCCUGAAUGUACAGACUUUGUAACUGAGCCCACGCAUUCGGCCUGUGCCUUCACGUGACCACCAUCUGUGCCUCCCUGGCUCCAUCCAAAUUUGUGUAGGCAGCUCCUGGGAGCCAUGCCUAAAAAUAUAGCUACACCAGGCCCUAGAAACUGUAGUCAACUAACAGGCCUAGCUUUGCUCCUUCUUUGGAUUAAAACUCUAUACAACCUCUCUUGAGGGGUUUCCAGCUCACACAUCAAUGUGCUGCUCUGACAGCGAGAACCCAUUAUAUGUGUGUUCUCUAUUCAUGUCCAGAGCAAUAGAAUCUUUUAUUAUUCCUGUACUUCCCCUCUUGUAUGUAGCAUAUCUUGAAUAUGUUUAUAGAUUUUUAGUAAAGGGAAGGGGAGAAGGUAAACAAAGAAAAUUCUGAGGGACAGCAGUGAACAGUAUUUAAAGAUAAUCAGAAAGGAACUUAAAAGUAAUCCUGAAAAGCCAAUCACAUCCUAUCCUCAAGUACACCUUGACACUUUGUAGGAAUUAUCUCUGGACUAUUGCUGUGUAGGCAUAAAUUUCUAUGAAUCAUGUUGACUCUCAGUUCUCACUACACUCAAAUAACUCUAUCAUGUUUUUAGAUGGACACCGUAUAUUCAGGAUAAUGUUUAAAAGAGCUGAUGUGCAAGUACAUGGACUCACAGUGGAAAUGUUCAUUUGGAUGAAGGCUCUGGUUCAGCCUGUGAAAUGAAUACAUUGACUUGUUUCUUCUGAUUUUCUAGUACUUUAUUAUCUCAGAUGAUUAUCCCCUUCAAAAACAUUGGUAUGUACUUUGGUGUUGCGGUUUCACUUUCCUGGCACUGAUGAAGCAGUGAACAGAAAACACAGUGUUUCCUAUAUGUUUGAGGUGGUUGUUUUUAUAGGCAAUGUGUAUCAUGCUGAUUUUCUUUGUUAAUAAAAUUUUCAUAGCCUUUCAA